CAAUGGCAGCCGGGCUUGAUUGAGCGUGUUUCGGGUAGUCGCGUCGCCAUAGUUACGGAAGGUCUGGCGGCAGUUUAGGCCGUGCGUAGGUAGGGGCGAAAAGCCUCGUUGGAGUCAGGGCGCCCGCGUUGUCCAGUGAAGGAGGAGCCGCGCUCGAAAUUUCACGCGUCGCUAUGGACCUGAGUCUGACCCGGGUGGAUUAUCUGCAGGUGGGAGUGACAUCUCAAAAAACCAUGAAGUUGCUCCCUGCAUCAGGACGCAAGGCAACACAGAAGGUUGUCAUUGGCGAUCAGGAUGGUGUUGUUACUUGUUUUGGGAUCAAAAAAGGAGAAUCUGUGCCAGUAUUCAAGACUUUACCAGGAGAAAAGAUUGCAAGGCUGGAACUGGGAGGUGCCCUGAACACACUCCAGGAGAAAAUUUUUGUCGCUUCAGGAUCUGAAGUUCGAGGUUUUACUAAGAAAGGGAAACAGUUUCUUUCAUUUGAUACCAAUCUCACUGAGAGCAUCAAAGCUAUGUAUAUAUCUGGAGCAGAUCUCUUUCUUUGUGCAAGUUAUAUCUAUAAUCACUACUGUGACUGUAAGGACCAGCACUACUACCUGUCAGGAGAUAAAAUCAAUGAUGUUCUCUGUCUUCCAGUAGAGAAACUGUCUUGCAUCACACCAGUAUUGGCCUGUCAGGAUAGAGUCCUUAGAGUUUUGCAGGGAUCAGAUUUGCUGUAUGAAAUGGAAGUCUCUGGUCCACCUUCUGUUCUGGCUUUGAGUGAUGGAAAUGGUGGUGACUCUGGUGAAGAAGUUCUUUUUGGGACAUCUGAUGGUAAAAUAGGUUUGAUAAACAUUUCCACAGUUUCUCCAGUUGAAAAGUGGAAAAUUGGAAAUGAGAAAAAAAGAGGAGGUAUCUUAUGUAUGGAUAGCUUUGACAUUUUGGGAGAUGGAGUUAAGGAAUUGCUUAUUGGCAGAGAUGAUGGAAUUUUAGAAAUCUAUAGCUUUGAAAAUGCAAAUAGCCCUGUUCUCAGACAUGAAUACGCCUUUCCAGAGAGUGUCACAUCUGUCCAAGGCGGUUGUGUUGGGAAGGAAGGCUAUGAUGAGAUCGUAACAUCGACAUAUUCAGGGUGGGUUUCAGGACUGACUACAGAGCCUAUCCAUAGAGAAUGUGGAUCAGGAGACGAAGUAAAGAUGAGUCAUGAAAUGCAGAACAAGAUUUUAUCCUUAAGGAAUGAAUUGGAACACCUGCAAGUCAAAGUACUUCAGGAGCGUGAGAAGUACCAGCAGAACUCUCAGUCCAGCACUGCCCUUUCAACAGUCCCAACAAUUAGUAUAAAUGAUAAGUUUACCCUAAAUAGAGACGAUGCCAGCUACAGCCUUGUCCUGGAAGUCCAGACAGCUAUUGACACUGUUUUGCUACAAUGUGAUGUUCCAAUAGACCUAAAGGAUGUGGAUAAAAAUUCAGCUGUUGUGAGUGUUGUUGACUGUGAAUCUGAGCCAAAUGGCAAUUUUCUCCUUGCCACAUAUCGGUGUCAAGCAAACACAACAAGGCUGGAGCUUAAGAUUCUGUCAAUUGAAGGUCGUUAUGGGACACUGCAAGCGUAUGUAACUCCAAGAGUUCAACCAAAAACCUGUCAAGUUCAGCAAUAUCAGAUUAAGCCACUUUCACUUCAUCAGCGGACACAUUGUAUUGAUCAUGACAGACCGAUGAAUACCUUAACUCUCAAAGGGCAGUUUAGCUUUGCUGAAGUUCACUCCUGGGUUGUAUUUUGUUUGCCUGAAGUUCCUGAAAAGACACCAGUGGGAGAGAGCAUCAGCCUCUACUUUCAGAACACCUUCUUGGAUACACAGCUUGAAUGUACUUACCGGAAAGGGGAGGCAUAUUUCAAAUCUGAUAAUAUAUCUACAAUAUCCAUUCUAAAAGAUGUACUAUCUAAAGAAGCUACCAAAAGGAAAAUUAAUCUCAAUAUAUCAUGUGAUAUAAAUGAAGUAUCUGUAAACCACACUUUACAGCUAAUCCACCCAAAAUUAGAAUACCAGCUGAUGCUGGCUAAGAAAGUUGAACUGAUAGAUGCUUUAAAAGAAUUACAGACUCAUGAAGGAAAUACUGACUUCCUGAUUCCAGAAUACCGCAGUAUUGUGGAAGAUGCAGAGCAGCUACUCAAAGAACAUGAGAAACAACCUGCAUCUCUUGAAAGACUUUAUGGUAUGAUUACAGAUCUAUUCAUAGAUAAAUUUAAAUUCAAAGGCACUAAUGUGAAAACCAAAGUACCUCUCCUCCUGGAAAUUUUGGGAAGCUAUGAUCAAGACACUCUGCUUGCCUUUUUUGAUAGUGCUGCCUAAGCUACAAGAAUGUAAACAACCAACUGGGACAAUCAGAUCUUCAUUUAAAUAUGCAUUGUUGUUUCUUUGAUAAGAUUAACUUAGCAGAAGAGGGUCUCAUACUUCUGUAUUAGACUUUGUCUAAUAAAUUGGCUGAUAAGGAAGAAUUGACCAUAUAUGAAAUUUUAUACAAGAUUUUUUUACUUGAAUGGUGGUUGAAAAAAAUUAGCAAAAUUUGCAAAUAGCUCAGGUAUACUUAAUGCCAAAAUACAUUUUAUUCAAAGCUUAUUUAAAGAAAACAUUUGCAUAUGUUCCACAUUGUUUUGCCAUUUGAAGAUACUCUUUGAACCAUGUAAUGAGAAAAUUAGCUCAUCUGAAGAUUGCAAAUCUACAGCCAUACGAAAUUGUGUACAAUAUUUUCUGUAUACUGAAUGUUACAGAACUGUAUUUUCUAUGUAUUAUAGAUAAUAAUGUAUAUAGAAAGGGAGUAAGACAUUAUUAAAAAUAAGAUCAGUUCUUCUAAUUGACUCUACUAA